CGUCAUUAAUUGUCAAAUAGCAAGGCGAUUUGUCGAGAUAACUGAAAUUCCUAGUCCACCAGUAUAGCUGGUUUAGUUGGUGAGCAUCCCAGUCCCCUGUAUUGCACAUACCUACUCUAAUCGCACUGUGCGCGUAUAUUUCUACGAUAGUGUGCUGGCUAUAAAUUGCAAUACAGUUCUCACUUAUAAGGCAUUCAAUAUUCAUUCAUUCACUGAUUGUCUGAAUAAUUGGCACAAAAAGCUAUAUUUAUUUUAAAAGCCUUUUUUCAAUCAAGUCUUCAGACCUAAUCCAGUGAUGACUUCCAAUUCAUUCUGCGAGUUCUUCGAGGGCACCGAAAAGCUGAUGGAGAUCUGGUUUGACAAAUACCAGGACAACCCCAACGACUGCGACCUGAGACACAUCCAGAGGAGCGCGUGGGACACCUUGUUAAGUUUCGUGAACUGCAAAAUCAUAUCAUUUAAACGCAACGAGCACAUGGAUGCAUAUGUCUUGAGUGAGAGCUCUCUGUUUGUCUCAAAAAACCGUAUUAUCAUUAAGACGUGCGGUUCGACUACUCUAUUGCGAUGUCUGGAACCGCUUCUCUAUCUCGUCAAACAAGUGGCAGGUUUUGAUGAAGUGGUGGAUAUCUUCUAUUCGCGUAAGAAUUUCAUGAGACCUGAACUCCAGGACGGCUCGCACCGGACCUUCGAGAACGAGGUCGAGGCUCUCGAUAAUCUAUUUGAAGACGGCGCCGCCUACUGCAUGGGCCGCAUGAACAGCGACUGCUGGUACUUAUAUACGCUAAACUCGCCGUUAAUUGAGUCCAAGUCCUUCAAACAAACACCGGACCAGACGUUUGAGAUAAUUAUGCAGAACUUGGACCACAAAGUGAUGAAUAUCUUCACGCGAGCCGUGUCCUCGUCGGGCAAAGAGGCGACACAGAAGUCGGGUAUCGAUAAACUGUUGCCCGGAAUGACAAUCGAUGACUUCCUGUUCGACCCGUGCGGGUACUCCAUGAAUGGACUCAUUAAAGGGGGAUAUUACGUGACAAUUCACAUAACACCUGAACCCCACUGUUCGUACGUGUCGUUCGAGACUAACUGUCCCCACACGGCAUACCCGGAUCUCGUCAACCGUUUGCUGAAAGUGUUUAUUCCGGGAAAGUUUCUGAUGACUAUCUGCGCCAAUGAGUUGUCGACGUCGUUCAACGCCCACAAGGAGUUCCGAGACGUGGAGUUCCAGGGGUUCGACCGCAAAGAGCUACAGGUGUGCCGAUUCAAGAACUACGACAUCACAUACGGACUGUACGCCAAACCCAACAGCUGAGGCCUACUGUACCGCCUGUGCGGACACACCCCUGGACACGGCCUCACAUCCCAUUCCCAUACAAUGCACACAAAUAAACACUUCCAACAAAACCACUAUUACUUCAAAUACAUUACUAUUAUAUUAUUAUUACUGAUCGACAAGUCGUGCGACUGUUAUCUAAUCUAUUUUAAGCUUUCCUUAUAUUCAUUGCAAUUAUUUUGGGGUA